CCGCUGAGGCGACGUUGAAGGGAGCAUUUGUUCAGGACGGGGGCAGCCGUGCCGUUAUGUGGACAGCCUGCCGGGUGUUUCAGUGUGUCCUGCUCGGUAAACGGAUUUAAACGCCAUCUGAGGACUGUUGUUUUGAACCUGGUCGGUGAAGGAUCCUGCCAGAGUGUGAGUUUGUGAACAGAAUCACGAGGAUCUGAAGUUUAAUCAAGUGGAAGUCGAAGCCUGUGGAUUCAUGCAGACUCGGUCUGGGAGCCAUUCUCAAGAACACAUCUGCAGGCCGUUUAUUGAUGGGUACACAGUGUGAGGUAACACCCCAAGAGAACUGGAAAUCAUUCAGAUGAGACGGGGCCUGUGAAAGAAUGAAGACUAGCUAGAUUACGUCGCCUUCAAAGAACUGUCAAAGGUCUAGUUUUCCUGGAAGAAAACACCCCUCGGCAAAUGUGCACCAGGACUGAACACAUCGCCGUCACAGAAACCUGAAAAGUAAGUUUUCUGCAGCGAAGCUCGGCAAACACUUCAAGAAGAACAAAUUGACACAAAGUGGUCAAUAUGAGUGCUGAAGGAUAUCAGUACAGGGCGCUGUACGACUACAAGAAGGAGAGGGAGGAGGACAUUAAUCUGCAUGUGGGGGAUAUUCUGCUGGUGAGUAAAGGAGCUCUGGUGGCGCUCGGGUACACCGACGGGCUCGAGCAGAGGCCUGAUGAGAUUGGCUGGCUGCCAGGCUUCAAUGAGAGCACUCAGGAAAAGGGGGACUUCCCGGGGACAUAUGUCGAGUACGUCGGGAAGAAAUGGAUCUCUCCCCCAACGCCUAAGCCGAGACCCCUCAGACCCUUACCUGUUGCUCCGGGCGGCUACAAGACGGAGGCGGACUCUGACUCAGAGCAAGGCUCCUGUCUGCUGGACCUGACGGAGCAGUUCUCCCUGCCAGAGACCGCUCCCCCCCUGCUCGCCCGCCUGUUGGAGUCUGUGGAAAAGAAAGGUCUUGAUAACCCGACUUUGUACCGAACAUUCACUGCUGGUGGUGGACUUGAAGUCAGACAGUAUUUUGAAUGUGAUCCUGCUUCAGCAGACUUGGAUCAGUUUGAACUUCCCGUCCUGUGUGAUGGUCUGCGUAGGUACCUGCAGGAUCUCCCCCAGCCCAUCAUCUCCACUACAAUACACGCUCAGAUGAUCCACACCGUCAAAGAGGUGGUGAAUCCUGAGGAAUGUGCCCAGCUGCUACGCCGCAUCGCCAGCACCCCCAGCCUGCCUCCCCAGUACUGGCUCGCCCUCCACUGUCUGCUCAGGCAUUUCGCUAGAGUGUGCCAAAACGGCUCUAAGAACCUGCUCAGCGGCAGAGCUCUGGGCGAGAUCUUCAGCCCCGUGUUUUUCAGACAACAGAUCACCAGCUGUGAACCCAGUUUGGAUGCACACAUCAAGAUCAUAGAGGCUCUGGUGUCCAGUGAGUGGAGUGAAGGCCAGCCAGCUCCAGCUCUACCUCCAAAGCCACCCAAGCCCACAUCUGUGACUAACAACGGUAUGAACAACAACAUGGCUCUGCAGGACGCCGAAUGGUACUGGGGAGACAUCUCAAGGGAGGAGGUCAACGAGAAACUGAGGGACACCGCCGACGGUACGUUUCUGGUGCGGGACGCCUCGACGAAAAUGCACGGCGACUACACUCUGACUCUGAGGAAAGGAGGAAACAACAAACUCAUUAAGAUAUUCCACCGGGAUGGGAAGUACGGCUUCUCGGACCCGCUGACCUUCAGCUCCGUCGUGGAGCUCAUCAACCACUAUCGCAACGAGUCGCUGGCUCAGUACAACCCCAAGCUUGACGUCAAGCUGCUCUAUCCCGUCUCCAAACACCAGCAGGAUCAGGUAGUGAAAGAAGAUAACAUCGAAGCUGUGGGGAGGAAGCUGUGUGAGUACCACCAGCAGUACCAGGAGAAGAACAAAGAGUACGACCGCCUGUACGAAGAAUACACCAGAACGUCACAAGAAAUCCAAAUGAAAAGGACGGCCAUCGAAGCUUUUAACGAAACAAUAAAGAUCUUUGAAGAGCAAUGCCAAACACAAGAGCGGUACAGCAAGGAGUACAUCGAGAAGUUCAGGAGGGAAGGCAACGACAAGGAGAUCCAGAGGAUCAUGGGAAACUACGAGAAGUUGAAAUCCAGGAUAAGUGAGAUCGUAGACAGCAAGCGUCGGCUGGAGGAGGACCUGAAGAAACAGGCGGCAGACUACAGAGAGAUCGACAAACGGAUGAACAGCAUCAAGCCAGACCUCAUCCAGCUCCGCAAGACCAGAGACCAGUAUCUCAUGUGGUUGACCCAGAAGGGAGUCAGACAGAAGAAACUGAACGAGUGGCUCGGGAUCAAGAACGAGAACACAGAAGAUCAAUACUCUAUGGUCGACGACGACGAAGACCUCCCCCAUCACGACGAGCGCUCCUGGAAGCUGGGCAACAUCAACCGACUGCAGGCGGAGGCUCUCCUCCAGGGCAAGAGAGACGGAACAUUCCUGGUCCGAGACAGCAGCAAAGCAGGAUGCUACGCCUGCAGCGUUGUCGUGGAUGGCGAAGUGAAGCACUGCGUCAUCAACAAGACCCCCUCAGGUUUUGGCUUCGCCGAGCCGUACAACCUGUACAACUCCCUAAAAGAACUCGUUCUUCACUACCAGCACACGUCUUUGGUCCAGCACAAUGACUCUCUGAAUGUGACUCUAGCGUACCCGGUGUACGCCCAGCAGAGACGGUGAGGACCACCACCACCCCCACCCCGCCACCACCACCACCCUGGAUGUUUCCGUACAGACAUGUGAAAAAAAGGCCUCAUGGGAGUUGGAGUCGGAGAUAUAAAAACGUCCUUGGACUCCCGUGAUUUAAAAAAAAUGAGAGGCUUGGUGCGCCGGACUCCUCGGACUUGGAGAAAAAAAAAGAAAAAGCCUGAAACAUUUCAGUGACUUUGCCCGACCACGAGCCUGAGGCGAGUCUGAAUGUAGAUUUCUUUCUCUUUUGCUUUGGUGGGAGCACAGAAUCAAGCGGAAACUGCUGAACUCUCCCCCAGCAGAGGACAUCUGAGGCCUUUUCCUAAUGGUGCUUGUUCUUUUUUCAAAGCUUUACCAGCUGGGAAUGUCUAAUCGCAGCAAGAUAAACUCUUCAAAUGGAACUGUACCCACCGGCCACAACUCUGUUUUUUCCACUUUUUCUUUUUCCCUUUCAUGUCAUCUACUUGUGUUUGAGUGUGUGUGUGUGUGUUUGUAUGUUUCUGCACAAGUGUUUCUGUGUAUGUGUCAGUGAGUGAGUGUGCGUGAUUGUCCAUGUGACCAAAACUCAUAGAAUCAGGAAACUGUGUGACGUUUGUGGGGGAGUGUAACACAUUAGCGUGUGUUAACUGUUGAAUAGCAGGCCUCUUGGGUCGGCUGAUAAAUGUAGCAAAAUGGCACUUUUUAAAAACAAAGUUUAAUUUUUUGUUUGUUUUUUUUUGAAAAUAAAAAAAGACUCCUAUGGACUUUUUAUGAGAAGAGCGGAGGACGAGAGGACGUCUGCUGCCUUCUCUCUGUCGAGCAUCAUAGCGCAGAAGUAAACUUGAUCUUUACUGUGGGCGGGUGAAACUAUGAAUGGACUUAGUAUUUCAUGUAUAUAUGUGAAAAAUGUGCAAAAAGUCAUGAAUCAAAGUGCACCAUACCAAAAAGGAUCAGUCCUGUUUAGUUCUAUUCUGAUCUGCUAUGCAAUUCUUCCUCCACAACUUCUUCAGAAUUGUUUGUAUUCUGUUGCAAACCCACAAUAUAAGCUUGUUUUAUUGCUUGAAAACUAUCUUUUUCCUGUGUAAAUAUCCCCCAGAGGAUAUUUUGUGUCAAAAAUGCUACGAUACCGUAAAAAACAAAACCGCUUCUGAUUUUGAAAGAUAAUAAUAGCAUCAUACACUUUAUUAUAAAUGACUUUAACAGCUGGUAUAAAGAUGGAAAGAUGAGUAUUUUAUUAGUCUUUAUUUGCUUCAAACUAAUGUUCUUCUCAGGCAGAGCCUCUUGAGUAUUUGAGCUGCUUCAGUUACAAGUACUAUUUCUUACAGAGCUAAACCUCUUUGUUUGGACGGACAAAGAAAGCACUCAGAGAAAACGGGGAUGAUGGGAUUGUACGACCCUUAGCGACCAUCACCACGAUAACAGUAUAGAUUUAUUUUGUUAUAAAAUAUAUAUGUUCCCACAUGAGGAUAUAUCAAAGCAGACUGGUGUUUUCAGCCAACGGAUAUUGUUAUUAAAGAUCUAUAAACAUUGUCCACUUAGUAUUUUUCUGUAUCAGAAAAUCACUGUGUUUACAUAGGUGGAUCAGCUCAUUUCAGAUCUGUCUGUAAUUUCAUACUCAGAACAAGGUAAUCCUUGGAGACUCAACAGCUCAACUGUGUUAUUUUUUUCUUGCCCCAUCUUCUUCCCCCUCGAUUUCACUGGUCCAACUUUAUCGGUACAAAGCCAGCGAACUGGUUCACGAAUUACUUCAAAAGGUUUCAAAUGAAGCAAAAAAGAAACUUCCAAUGUUAAGUCAAACUUCUUGUAAAAGUAUUAAAAAGUACACCACUUAAUAAACGACAAAAUGUCUACGAUUGAUGACAAAUGUAUUUUACAAUCCUAGAUCUACCUGCCACUAAAUGAUGGAGAUGUGAUAUUUUUAAUCUCCACCCCCCCAUGAGACAUUUGCGCAUGUUUAACAUUGAACUAUAUCUUUGUGUAACAAGAAUUACUUGUAAAAAAAUGUUAACCCAAUGCCAUUUUGAUUAAUCAAAUCUGACUCUUAAUUCUCUCCAACUUUGGCACAACUUCUUUUUGUGGAAAAAAAAAAGGUCUACAUGUGUAAAAAAAAAAAAAAGAUGGCAGAAGAAUAAAUGUUUGUUUGGAGAAAAUGCUGUGUGAACUACAAACACAGAAGAAAACCUUUUAACGUUGAACAUCUUAUUUUUACUUUCUUGCAUAUUAUCACCAGCCCCCUCAUGGCAGAACUGUACAGCUCCAACCAGCUACUAAAAUGAGUUUUAGUUGUAUCAUUAUUAGGUCUAUUAUUUGGCUCUAUUAAAGCUGUUAACAGAUGUCAUGAAUACUAAAUUGUUUUUUUUUUAAUGGAAGAUUUUAUGUACCUCCCCAACAGCUGCUGGCAUAAACUUUGUGUUUGUCAAAAUAACUUCUUCUCUUUUAGUUCUUGGACGAUAUGCACCAUUUUUUCUUUGCCCCAGUUCUGGGUUGUACGAUUAUUUUAGGUGUCUCUCUUUUUUUAUUUGAAGCUCAUCUUUUUGUGGGUGUCCCCAGACAUGAUGAUUGGAUUGAGAUUUACCAGUGUUCCCCCCAGUUUUGCUUCAAAUCUGUAUUGGGCUUUGUUAAAAAGGAAAUAAAACACUUCUUUUUAAGAAAUUAA